UUUUUAUCAUUUGGAGUCCUUGUUUUCAGGUAUGAAAUCUUGUGCAUGGAUUUGAAUACAAACAGUAAUUAGAUUCAGGGAUGUAUCAUGCACAUCCCACUGUAUUUAUCAUGCGAUACUCUCAACAAGGCAAAGAGGCCAUGGUCAAGUGUUUGCUGGAUUGGACAGGAAACAGGCAUUGUAUAUUCCUUUACAAAUGGAUAUGUGACUCAGGUACAAUUACAAACAAGCAGUUCUCAUGGAAUUUCCAAGUUAAAUAAGCUUGCCAAGAAUGCGUCUGUUAUUAACACCACAUUUCAGGGAACUAUUGUGUAUGGGGUACUCCUCUCAGGAGACUUAUUUUUCUGGGACCAAAAAACAAAUAGAGUGAAUUAUGUUAAAGGACUUCCAGAACUUAGUUCUCACUUAUCUUUGACAAAUGUUGACGAUUAUGUCGGACCUUUCCAUGGUAUUUUAGACAAGUUUAAACUUCAUCAUGAAGAGCAUGAAGGUGUUGAGCUCAAGGAGAGUGGAGAACAGGGUACUCACUGUGAAGUUCCCAUGCAUCAACGGGCAAAGAUAUUUGCAUCUGACGACUGUUCGAAGGUUAUUGUUGUGGUUGGUGCUAGUCAGAUUUAUGUUUGGUUGAAAGAUAUCAUACAACAUAAUGAACACCAAGAAUUUUUGUCUGGGGUGUGGUCUGUAGCAGCAUGUCCUAGUGAUGUUUUUUUACCGAGUCAGUCUUCAAAAGAAACUGAAAUAUCAUCCUGCUUCUGUAAUGAGGCUGUAAGUUAUGACAAUAUUUUGUUUGUUAGUACGUAUUGUGGUAUUACUUGCUUAUAG